ACUGUGGUCAAUCACAACGCAAGCUAGCAGUAGCAGGCUAAUCUAAAUCUAGAUCUUCUAGUUCAAUCUAAUUCUAACCUAGAGCUGUAAAAUCUAAAUUAGAUUCCAAAUAAUGAAUUACGAACGGGAAAUAAAGUCCGAUGACCAUCAUGACAUCUUUCACUCAGUAAUAAUGACAGAAGAAUCAUCAUGGCAGAUUGGUUAUGAUGCUGGAUUUUCCGAAGGGGAAAAAAAGGGCUUUUUAGAAGGAUACAAUAUAGGUUUAGAAAAAGGACUAGAUAUUGGAAAAGAGGUAGGAUUUUAUGCAGGUUAUGCCUCACACGUCUUGAAAAUGCAAGAAGUCAACUCCAGGGCUAUCAAAGUGUGUGAGACUAUUCUACAACUUGCCUCAACCUUUGAUGAUGUUGAGCCUACAGACCAGGCAUUAGGUGAACAUUUUGCCAAGAUACAAGCCAAGUUCAAACAGCUGACAUCUUUAUCUGGCGUGCAAGCAGAAUAUAAAACCCUGUGGUCCAACAAGUUUACAGACUCCACAUUUUAAAAGACGUCUAAUGCUGCAUGAUGGCCCUGUUAAGCAAGCAUACUUUCCUCAGUGCAUCAGGUAAAAUUGAUAAGGGUCUCACCAACACAAACAAGAGAAAUCAUU